AUGAGUUUUGCUCCAGCUAAAAAAUCUCUCUCGUAUCGCCCUCCUUCCAAUUCCUCUUCAUCUCAAAAAAAAUCUGCUCCUCGCCCUAUUCAGCAACGUCCUGCAGACCCACUUCUUCAGCGUCUUACUCUUCUUGAAGAUGUGGUUGCUAACCUACAGCUUCAGCACGACACAUUUAUCCCUCUCUUACAACUAAUAGGUCAAGUAGACAAUGUUUUAGAACUCGAAAGUGAAGCCAAGACCCUAGUUUCUGCUAUUUCUGACUUAGAAAGCCAUUGCAGUGAGCAGCAGAAGCUUGUUAAAGAAAUCAAUGCUCAAUCUCAAAGCAUUCAAAUCCCAACGUCUCUUGCUGAUGGAGAAGGGGCUGGAGUCCGUCCACUCUCAGAAAUGCAGAAAACAUUAACUGACAUUGAAACUCAUUCAAAUUCUAUAGCAGCAAAACAAAAAGUUACCUUGAAAAAACAAGAAGUUUCUAGCAGGGAAGAGAUGCUGAGAACUAUGCAGGAGCUGGAAAAUGAAGUCCAAGAAGUCAAAAAAGAAGUUGUUGAGCUGCAUGGAGAGUUUAUUAAAGGAAAUUUCAAAGAAAUUGGAAAUUUAGAAGAAAGGGCCAGCAAUGCAAGAUCAAGAGUUAAAGAUGAUAUUGGGCAAGUAGAAACUGCGUUAGAAGACCAUGCACUUUAUGGAGGAAAAGGAGGAGAUAACUGGCUAUUAGAAGAAUUAAACCAUAGGGUUGAUGACUCUAUUUCUGAGCUCAAUGAAUAUUUGGAUUAUAAACAUAGACAGCUUGAAGUUUUUUUCAAACAAGAAUUAUUAUCGCUAAAAAAUCAGCAUGAAAAGCUAUCUUCAGAUUUAGCAAGCAUUGAAGCUUAUAGAAACGUAGCAGAUCCAGCCAAAGAACUUACAGCACUUAAUGAAAAAAUAAAAAAUCUGCUCCAAGCAAUUGAAAAAUUUUCAGACAAUUUUGUGAUGAUGAAUGACGUGACGAUAUCACUAAACCAAAGCUUAGUCGAUCUUAAUGAUAAAGCAAGAAGGUAUAUUAAAACUUAUAGAACUACGGACCAAUCAAAACAAAAUGAGCUUUUCGGAACUGCCAAAGUUGAUUUUGAUCAAUGGCUCAAAGGAUCUUGGUAUCAAGUUGAAGCUUUAACUCCCCCCCCUCCGUGAGUGAACAAAAAAAUUUUGUUCACUCACGGAGGUUUUUUUUUUUUUAAAAAAAUUUAUAUAUAAAUUUUAUAAAAAAUUUUUUUUUUCGAAUUUAAAAAAAUCCUAAUUCGCAAAAAUUGGAAAGCAAAUAUUAAUUUAAUUUAUAAAAUUUAUGUUUUAAAACGCAAUUUGUUUAAAAUUAAACAGAAUUAGCUUUAGAUUUCAUUAUGCUAAUUAUCACUUAUAUAUCAAAAUUUUUUUCCAUAAAAAAUUUUUCUAUUAAAAACAUUUUUGUUCACUCACGGAGGGUGGGUUUUGGGCAAAAAAUGCCGAUUUUUCUAAUGGUUUUGUUCACUCACUGAGGGGGGGGGAGUAAGAGAAAAUAUUGAAAACCUCGACGUCAAUAUAAAUUCAAAUUUCUUUAAACUGACUGAAUUCUUCCAGCGGCAAGAUAAAGUAAAAGGCGAUGCUGAAGGCCCAGGUAAGCCGAGAAUUGAAGACUUAAAGCCUAAAGCAAACUCCACAAAAUCAAAAUUCGAAGAAAAACAAGAAAGUUUGCACAUAGAGCUGGACAACCUCAAGAAAAGACUAUUUGGCCUCUGGAAAGCCAUAAAUAAAGAAACCAACUUUAACAUUGUCUUUACUUCCAAGAUAAUUAAAUAUGGUAUAUCGGACAGGGCGUAGCCUCCUGGCUAUGCAGCCUCGAGUGCAUAUUUAAUUAUAUCUGGCAGCAGCAUCAAUACCAAGAGUUUGUUGGCUACAGUCGGCCAGAAAAUCCAUUUGUUUUGAAUUUUUGUACCAAAAUUCACUUUUCUAAGCCAAAAACUAAAAAUAGUUGUCGAAAUCCUAACUCCGAGCUGAGGGCACAUUCAAAUAACCCAAAGCAGUUGCAGACACGAAGUGAGGGUAAGCCGAGCAGGAGAGAAAGACCUGAUAGUUGGUAUAGCAUUGAAAUUUAAAUGGAUACUAGUAUCUUAAACUAAUUAAUCGUAUCGCCUUUCCUUCCAAGAACGCAAGUGACCAAGAAAUAUUUAGGAACGCAAGAGAUGAUUUAAUCUCAGACUCAAUCAAUAGUUAA